GAAUGAACUUUUGUAAAGAAAAUUUUACAGCUUAUGAUUAAGCUUUCUGGUUAAAAAUUAGAGCUUUCAAAUUAGGCGAAAAUGCCAAAGUGGUAAUAGUAACUAGUAACUUUUUACAGUAAAAAAUGUAGGGAAGAACCAAAGCGUGGUCCAAAAUUGGAAAAUGGUGCAAAGCGGGAAAUAUGCGUCGAAAAUAAAGAAAGUAGGAAAAUUGCCACUGCCACCUACCUCCCUCUCUUCACGUCUUGGUACUGUCUUCAAUGCCUUGAUCUCUCCUCUCUCUCAUUCCCUAUAAAAAUUAUGCCGUUUUUCUCUCUUUGAUCUCAAAUGUGGCAGCUUCUCUUAGGCGCAGCUGUUGCUGGAUCCACCAGAUUCCUUACUAAACACCUCUUUCACGCCAACCCCAAGAACCCCAUUUCUCCAAAUACCCCAAAUUCCAAUCUUGAUCAAGAAAAACAAGAUCCUCAUCUCCAAAAUGGGUUUUUAGAAUCUCGGUGUGACAGCAAUUGGGAAGAAAAACAGAGGCAAGAUGGGAUCUUUAGAUUUUCCAGUCCUGAGUCUGCUGGAAAAACUGGGGUUAAAGCCAAGGUUAGGAACUUGAGGAAAAAUGUCGUCUUGAAGAAGGCUGGGAAAAGAUCAAGUGGUGGUGGUGGUGGUGGUGUAGAGGUGAAUAGGAGGAAGUUUGCUGUUUGUUUGAAGAAGAGGAAAACUGCAAAGAAUGUAGCUUAUAAGUGUGGAUCAUUCCCUUCUAAAGAUAGCUCUGUAUUUCAUUGGGGACUUGGCUUUGGUAUCAUGUACAUGAUGUCAAUUGGGAAGGCUGAGAUCAAUAAACUGAACUCAGCCAUGGAUGAGACUGCAAAAGUGGUUCAGGCGUUAAAAACUGAGCUAUGUAAAAGAAAAUCAUCUUGCAAUCUGCAAGCUUCAAAUUCUGCAAAUGAAGUUGCUACAAGUUCAAAAAAAUUUAGUGGCAAGGAUAUGCAGUUACUGCUUGAUAAGUCAGGUAAAGGGCACAGAGGCCAUUAUGAGAUCAAAGUAUGCAGACUCCCGGUAAUUGAUGAUGGUGAAUAUGCCAGUAGUGUUCUUACUGAAGAGCCAGAACCAGAGCCAGAGGUGGUGGAAAUGGAUGAACUAGAGGCAGAGCUUGAGUCAGAACUGCAAAAAUUGAGUGAGACUGAGGUUUCAGCCAAAAGUUUGCAUGAGUCAGUGGGGCAGAGGUUUGAUUCAUACCAGUGCCAAGGAGUAUUGCCAUCUGAACUAGAUCAAAAGCUGUGCCAUUUGCUAAUCGAGCAGCAGGAAAACCAAAUUGAGGAGCUAGAAUCUGAAUUGCAUUUGGUUCAAAACAAACUAAGUGAGAAGGAAGCUGAACUCCAAGCACUAAAGGAUUGUGUUAGACGCCUGACUAACUUCUCUCUGUCAACAGUCUCAGAUGAUGACACUGAGGUCCAAGGGAAGCAAGAAUGUAUGAACGAUCAGGAUUGCCCUAGUGGAUCUGAGACAAGGAAAUCAUUGAUAGGUUUGAAAAGACCCGUUGAGUCCUGAGUGCAACUGAUAUGCCAGCAUGAUUACAAUAUUUUCCAUGGGCAAGACCUAGAAGGUAAUUCAUAAGCAAUCAUCAGAUGCCAUCUGAAAAUAAUACCAAUUGAGUAGAUCACACCAUUCUAAAAUCUAGCUUGCUUUUCCCCGUGUAUCUCCUGGACCCUCUUCAAUUAUAAUACUACAGUAUCAAAAACCGAGAAAUGGUAGUCUGUUUAUUGCAUUCUGCCUGUCUGAUUAUUUUAUUAGAAUAUGUUUUAUAUUUUUUAUGCCUAGUGUCUGGAGCUGAACUCUCUUCACCAAGUAAUUCCUAAUUUGACUUGCAUAGUUUGCCUGCUUCUUGAUCAAGCUCUUUCUUGAGUGCCAGAGAGGAACCUGAAAUCAUAGUUGAUUUUUUGUUUUCUUGUUGGGAGAUAAAAUUACUAAUAUGUCCAUUUGCAUUCAUAAAUUAUGAAUCACUCCUUUCACAAACUUUAAGGUUGAUUUGAAUGCACUAAAGGGUAAUGUUGGAAGCGAGCAAUUGUAGACAGAUUGGUGGUGGUUGCUUGUGCAGAGGCAGAUAAAAGAUUGGUGGAGCCAUCAGCCGUGGUGGGGUGUGGAAAAAUUGCCUUUCCCAUCUCAUGUGCUUUCUUUUUUUGACUUUUAAUGAUAGAACCACUUCAUGAUAUUAGGCGCCAUUCAAGGGUAGACAAAGAAGAACACUUAAGGCCGACUGUUUACAUAUACAAUUUCCCAUGAUUUC